ACAUCCUGCAUACAGCAGCGCAGUACCGUUAUUUCCGUCUCCGUAGAAACGCUCGGACUAUGGCGGAGUCAACUGGACUGUUGGAGAUGUCUGAGCUCCCCGGAGACAGCAGUGUCCCACAGGUGGGCACAGCGAGUGGCGUCAGCGACGUACUGCAGGGGGCAGUCGGCGGCGGGGUUCGGGUGCAGGAGUCCCGGGAAGGCCCAGUGGCCGAAGCUGCGCGGUCCAUGGCGCGGGUGCCGAGCCCUGUGCCCGGCCCCAUCCCCAGCAGCGUCCCGGGCCUGGCGUCCGCGCCAGACCCCCAUCAGCAGCUCGCUUUCUUAGAAAUUAACCAGCAGCUCUUGUUCCGCGAGUAUCUGGAUAGUAGCUCCUUGAUUCCGGUCAGAUUACUACGGGAUUUCGAGGAACGCCGCAGGCUGUUCGUGGAAGGCUGCAAGGCGAGGGAAGCAGCCUUUGACGCGGAUCCACCGCAGAUGGACUUCGCUGCUGUCGCGUUUAUUGUAGCGCUGACUGCCUCCGAGGCCCUCAGUCCUCUGGCCGACUGAGUCGGCUGUGAUGAUGGGACUGGUGGCAAGGAAUAGCCAAGUGAGCCUAUUCGGAUCAAAAGAACAGGCAGGCUGUGCCAGUUUAGUUAACUCUGUCGUUAGAGGGAAUGCAAACUGGAAGGGAAUACGGCAAUGUGCAAUUGAAGGAGGAAGCACAGUGCGAAAUGGAAACAGACAAGACUGUUGAAUCUUGUUUUCUUUCUUCUUUGUUAGUAUUAUUUAAAUAGAGAAGGGAGUCUCGCAUCCCUAGGCUGGUCCCGAACGCUUGGACCCGAGCGAUCCUCCCGCUUCGGCCUUCCAAAGUGCUGGGAUUACUUUAGAGGCUUGAGCCACCGCGCCCGGCCGAAUCUUGUGUUCAAACAGGUCCCAAGAUACUUCUGACUUAGCACUUUGUUAGCAAUGCAUUUUCCUGCAUUUGUGGAGAAUUCUUCAAGACUUUCACCAUUGUUUUGCAAAGAUCUGAGAAAAAAAAAAUGCCAAUCAUAGAACCCAUAGAAAUGAACCAAAGUGAUGAAAGGAAACAAAGAAAUAGAGUUGUCAGAAUCCAGGUGUACCUGAGUUACUAGGACUGGAAGGCUAUUGAGAGGACUUUGAAAUUUCACAAUUUGUGGUCAUGUCAACAAAUCCUAGUGUAAGAUUCAUAUUUGUGUUUUCUGAGGUACUUUAGAUGAACGGUAAAUAUUCAGUAGAAAAACCCACGUAUUUAUUAUAUGAUCCAUGUUUUCAAGUCUAUGUGAAAUUGAGUAGGUGUGGAAUAAACUUGUUUUUUGUUAAUUUUAA